AUAUUAUUGCGAAGCAUGUCCCAAAACUCUGAAAAGCCUUCGACUCAGGAUGUCGUGGAUCCAACUGGACCGACUCCACGUAAAGGGGUGCUCAUUUCUUUUAGAACUGGGAAGACAAUGGAUAUACCUGAAAAGGACAUUCUGGGCCGUUGCCGAUUUGUGGGAGAAUUCGAAAAAUUGAAUCGCAUUGGAGAGGGUACUUAUGGUAUUGUAUACAGAGCAAAAGACAAGUUAAACAACAAUGUUGUGGCCUUGAAAAAAGUAAGAAUGGACGUUGAGAAAGAUGGUCUACCUCUGAGUGGACUUAGAGAGAUUCAAGUGCUGAUGUCUUGCAGGCAUGAGAACAUUGUUCAGUUGAAAGAGGUUCUUGUUGGCCGUUCUUUGGAGAGUAUCUUCCUCUCAAUGGAGUACUGUGAACAAGAUCUAGCUUCUCUACUGGACAACAUGUCUUCGCCAUUUACCGAAUCGCAAGUCAAAUGUUUGAUGCUACAAGUACUGAAAGGGCUCAAGUACUUGCAUUCUAAUUUCAUUGUGCAUAGAGACUUAAAAGUUUCUAAUUUACUACUCACUGAUAAGGGAUGUGUUAAGAUUGCGGACUUCGGUCUUGCCCGAUGGUUGGGUGCACCAUCUCGUUCCGCGACUCCCCGCGUAGUGACGCUCUGGUACCGCGCCCCAGAGUUGCUACUGCAGUCACCGAAGCAGACGCCCGCACUAGAUAUGUGGGCCGCUGGUUGUAUACUCGGGGAACUACUGGCUAACAAACCAUUAUUGCCUGGCAGGACUGAGAUUGAGCAACUUGAACUUAUCGUGGAUUUGCUUGGUACUCCAUCUGAUGCGAUCUGGCCAGAAUUCAGUUCUCUGCCGGCUCUACAGAACUUCACCCUUAAACAACAGCCAUACAAUAAUUUGAAGCAGCGUUUUCCCUGGCUCUCGGCGGCCGGACUGCGUCUGCUUAACUUCCUUUUCAUGUAUGACCCCAAUAAGCGUGCCACUGCUGAAGAGUGUCUACAGAGUUCGUACUUCAAGGAGCAACCGUUGCCCUGUGAUCCGAAGCUGAUGCCCAGUUUCCCGCAACACAGAAAUAUGAAGGGCCAAAAGAAUUCCUCCAACCAGCUCAAUAUUCCCCUGUCCAACCUGAAUACAGGAGCUAAUGAUCAGACUAAUAACUUGCCCGCCAUUUCUGAUCUUCUAGGGGCUCUCGUCAAGAAGCGUAGGCUAGAAUAAAUUAAGUCAAAGAUUCAUAGAAAAUGUCUAAUAAACUUCACGACAC